AUGCAGUCCUCGAAUGUUCUCGUCGUCAUUGGCAGCGGCGGCAUGGGAAUUCCCGUCGCGCGCCGCCUCGGCGUCGGCAAACGGAUUCUCCUCGCGGACUUCUCGGCCGACAAUCUCACCACUGCGCAGACGAUCUUGGCCAACGAGGGGUACUCCGCGCAGACCGCUCUUCUAGACGUCGCCAACUACGCGUCUGUCACGGAGCUUGCGCAGCAAGCAGCCAAGAUGGGUUUCGUAGAAACCAUCGUCCACACCGCAGGGGUCGGCCCCUCCGCCGGCUCUGCUCGUCGAGUAUACGAGAUCGAUCUUCUGGGCACAAUCAACGUCAUCGACGCGUUCCUGCCCGUCGUGCAGGCCGGCUCGAACCUGGUGUGCAUCUCGAGCAUGGCAGGACACCUUUGCCCGCCUCUAAGUGCCGAGUUUGAGCGCCAUCUCGCCACGGCGUCCCGAGAAGACGUUUUGAACCAUUCGGAUUUGAAAAUCGACGAUUCCAGCAGUCGGGGCCCUGCAACGGCGUAUGGAAUCUCCAAACGGGCGAAUCUAGUUCGCGUACAGGCGUCUGCUGCCGCGUGGGGCCGCAAAGGUGCUAGUAUCAAUUCCGUGAGCCCGGGCGUGGUUUCUACGGAAGCCGGUCGUAAGGAGAUCGAGGGACCGGCGGGAAAGUUUGUGGAGUCGUCUCCAGCGGGAAGAGCGGGCGCCCCUGAAGACAUCGUUAAUGCCGUUGCGUUCUUGGUCAACGCCGCGUCUUGCUUUAUUACUGGGACUGAUAUUUUGGUAGACGGCGGCGUCACAGCGUCGGUCAGAUGGAGGGAGGUGUAG